AUGCAUUCUAAUCCUGUACGAAAGAAUACGAAAAAAAGAGGUAGAGUGUCAAUUCUCAGUUCUAAUGAGAUUGAUAAGACUUAUCAAACAUAUUCGUUUAAGUACAGUAGAGGCUUGAAUCAUUAUGCUUAUGAUUAUUCACAUGAAGGUAGGAAAAGGAUUGUAAAUCGUUUAAUUGAUAGUGCAAAAAUUAUCCAACAGGCUUGGAGAGCUUUCAAGUUGAGACCUGAAACUUGGGCGAAACAACUUUGGAAAAAGGUAAGGGAUGAUGGCCAUCCUAACGAAAAGAAGAUUAUAGGA